CGAGUGAGUUGACAGAUGUUCCUUUCUCAGCACCACCAACUACUCACUGCAACUCUACUCUAAAACUUAAGAAACGAAUCUAAUCAUGCGAACAAUUCAUCUCCUUUCUCACACUAAAAACCGAUUCAAUCUUAUGUCACCAAAAUCUCUUCUUUCCUCAAUUUCAUACACAAAAUCAAACCCAUUUUCUGAUUUUCUUACUCAAUCCCAUUUUCAUCAACGACCUUUCAAAUCUUUCUUCAAUUCUCCUUUACGAACAUUUGCAACCAUGGGAGAAGAUUCAGUAAAAGGAAAUGUUUUCCCUAAUGGACUUGCUGUCAUCACUCUUGAUCGUCCUAAAGCUCUCAAUGCCAUGAAUCUAGAGAUGGAUCUGAAGUUCAAAAAGUAUAUGGAGGAGUGGGAAAAUGAUCCUAUGGUCAAGUGUGUUCUGGUAGAGAGUAGCUCACCUCGUGCAUUUUCAGCAGGUGGUGAUGUGAAGCAAAUUUCUACCAGACGCCAAAAAUCAGAUAUUGUCGAGGUGUUUACUGCAGAAUAUUCUCUGAUAUGCAAGAUAUCUGACUGCAAAGUGCCAUAUAUUUCCUUUAUGGAUGGAAUAACAAUGGGUUUUGGAAUUGGUUUAUCUGGGCAUGGUCGCUAUCGCGUCGUCACUGAGCGUACAGUUCUUUCGAUGCCCGAAAAUGGUAUUGGCUUGUUCCCAGAUGUUGGCUUUGCUUACAUAGCAGCAAAAGGUCCAGGCGGAGGAUCCGUGGGUGCCUAUCUUGGGAUGACUGGAAAACGUCUUUCAACUCCAGCUGAUGCCCUAUACGUAGGUCUUGGAACUCAUUAUGUGCCAUCACGAAGCUUGGGUUUACUGAAGGAUGAUCUUCUAGCGUUGAAUUUCUCAGAUGACUCACACAACGAUGUCAAGGGACUACUGGCAGAAUACAACACGAAACCAGAAUCGGAUUCUCAUCUAGAGUUGCUUUUACCUCAGAUUGUUUCAUCGUUUGGUUCAGGCAAAUCAGUCAUUGAGAUAAUUGAAGAGCUGAAGAAGCUUCAACAGAGUACUGAUGCUACAGUGGUGGAAUGGGCUAAUGAUGCACUGGUAGCACUUGGAAAAGGGGCCCCUUUUUCUCUAUGCUUAACAGAAAAGCAUUUCUCAAGAGUUGCAUCAGCUCAGUUGGAAAAGAACAAUGAUGCAUGCCAAUUGAACGAUGUGAUGAAAGUUGAGUACCGCAUUGCCAUGAGAUCCUCUCUUCGAAAUGAUUUCUCUGAAGGUGUUCGAGCUGUCUUGGUGGACAAGGACCAGAAGCCUAAAUGGAACCCUGCUAGAUUGGAGGAUGUUGAUCACAGUGAAGUAGAUUCUGUCUUUGAGCCGUUGCACCCAGAAACUGAGGAACUUGCUGUGUGACAGAUAAACUCACGGCUCAUCCUCCAGUAAAUUAUACCCUAGGAAGGUGGCAUCUUCUGGAGAGCAUGACUGAGGCAUCACAUUUUGGUUCAAAAUAACUACUCCCUCCGUACCACAUAAUAGGCAGGGGAUUCAUAAUUUUUCAUGUUGUACCCCUUGUCCUAUUAAUAACACAAUUAUCCAUCUAAAGGGACAAGCAAAAAGCAAAAUUCCGCCUAUGUAAUAGGUACGGAGGGAGUAAUUUUUUAGCUUCAUUUUAUGGAUAGCCUUGAUGGCCAAUAAGAUGUUUUCGCUAUAAAAUGAUAAACUCAUUCCUCAGAGAAACUGCAAUAUCACAUCAGGUGCUGCUUUA